UUCCCUCUCCCAAACCCCGACCUUCCUUCCACCAUUCACUUCUUUGUAUCACACUCCAAACUUCACUUCCGCUCUGUCCUGCAAACCUUCAGGCCCAGGCCAUUAACUAUACACUCUCCACUCAACCAACAACACAACACUCCUCUCCAAAAUGCCUGCCCACCAAGAAGCCCUCAAGUCCACCCUUGAGAGUAAGGGUCUCAAGUUCCAUCUCAAGGCCGGCGGCGCCAAGUGGGAGUGCACUGUGCUCGACCGCGCUACCCACGAGAGGCGCAAGGCCGAGCGCACCGACUCUUCGUCGUCUGUGUCAUCAACCUCGUCGACGUCGUCUAACUCGAGCACCACGUCGCACUAAACGGCCCCCUCAACAUCACAAAAGAGGAAGGGGAAGGUAACCGGGCCUUGAACCUCCCUCCCGGGGCAGGAGAACAACCA